AUGGGUAUCUUUGGUUGCUCUUGGGACGAAAUCCUGGGCGGCAGCAAUCCCGUUGAUGCCGUCGACUGGGUCGCUAUUGUCUAUAUCUCUAUAUUCAACGACCCAACGUACCAUCACGGCACCCUAGAGGAACGCGACUUAGUUAAAGGCGAACAAGAUCUCUACGACCUAAGCGAACACGAUCUCACGCGAAUUCUGAAGACUAAUUACCCUGAAGCAGAAGCCCGCGCAGAUGGGUAUGGAUUUACUAGUGCCAAUUCAUGCGAGGAGAAAACUGUGGGCUUUACUGGACCAUUGAAAGCAUCGACAUUGCAGGUGGCUCUGGCCGUGCUGGAAACCGUGGGGCAGCCCCAAGACCAUCAAAAUGUCGUGGUGAAGAACACGUCAGUACCAGCGGACUCGAUGGCGGAUGCAGCCGAACGAUGGGACAUGCUGCAAGAUGGCGUGAGCAUGCUACAGGGCGCUGAAUAUCAACGGCAGGUAUACGAGCUGCCAGGCGGUCCUAAAUACUUCGUGAAUGCGGUUGAUUGGUACUUCUACCUGCCACUGAGGGUUGCUGCCCUACUCACGCCGCGGUACCCAACAGGCGAUCUUGAACAGGUGCUGGACAGAACCUGGCCCGACGGGUUUUAUUACCGGAAUUGGGAAGCAUUCAGGGAUUUUCUGGUUGGAGUGCAAAUAUUACACGAUAAGCUGGGCAUCACUCAUCGGGACUUGAAGCCUGCCAACCCUUUAGUGAAAGAAAAUCACGGCGGGUAUCUUAUUACCGACUUUGAUUUCGCUACCACGAAACGGACCAUAUCUGGUCAGCAGCACGUGGGAUCGCCGAUAUAUAAGGCUCCAGAGGCCGACUUGAAGGAGAAGAACGCUGUUUCUGAAAAGAUGGAUGUAUUUUCCGUGACACAGAUUAUGCUCAAGGUUCUGGGCCUCUGCCCUCCUGAGAGUAGGGUGAAAAAGGGUAACGAUCCAGCGAAGCAAGUAUGGAAGGCAGCGAAGAGACUCGAGUCACCAAUGGGUACAAAAUCGGCAAUCUCAGGUAUCUUAAAGGCCCAAAGGGACAAUGUGCCAGGAAUGAAUGUCGCUCAUCUGAAUGAAUGGGUGCAACUUGCUUCCAAAGGUCUGUGCCGGCCACAAGACCGUCUAAAUAUUAACCAAUUCAUCGAGGAGUUUGACAAGACAUUGAAGGUCACGGCGGGUAUGUGA